UUCCGCAGCAACCGACCAAGCCGAACCAUGAGGGGAUUCGUAGUUGUCUGCCUCUUCGCACUAUGCGGCGCGGCCCUGGCCGGGGAGGACGCCAAGAAACAGCAGAAGCGGGGUGCGCUGUUCGGGCAGUCGCACGGCGGUAGCUUCGACAGCGGCGCCUCCCUCGGCAGCGCCUACAGUGGUGGCUCCUACGGCGGCGGCUCCUACGGCGGCGGCUCCUUCGGCGGCUCCUCCUACAGCGCGGCGGCGCCCAUCGCCAGCCACACCAGCAGCUACCAGGCCUCCUACAGCGUGCCCACCAGGCACACCUACAGCCACCGCGACGAGCACGUGCAGUACUCCGUGCCCCAGGCCGUGCCCGUGACCGUGGACCGCCACGUGCCCGUGCCCGUGCCGCACCCCGUGCCCGUGGAGACACCCCGCGCCGUGCCCUACCCAGUGCCCCAGCCCUACCCCGUGGAGGUGCCCCGCGCCGUGCCCGUCGACGUGCCCCGCGCCGUCCACGUGCCCGUGCCCGUGCCCCAGCCCUACAAGGUGCCCGUGCCCCAGCCCUACAACGUGCCCGAGCCCGUGCCCGUGACCGUCAACCAGGCCGUGCCCGUGCCCGUCGCCGUGCCCACCCCCGUCGCCGUCCAGGCCCCCUCCUUCCAGUCCGCCCCUUCCUUCUCCGCUCCCUCCUUCGCUAGCCACUCCUACGCCCCGUCCUUCCCCUCUGCCUCCCUCCACUCCUCCUCAUCUUUCCACUCCGCCCCAUCUUUCCACUCUGCCCCAUCAUUCCACUCUGCCCCAUCUUUCCACUCCGCCCCCUCUUUCUCCUCCAGUUCGUCCUUCCACUCCGCCCCCUCUUUCCACUCCGCCCCCUCCUUCCACUCGGCCCCCUCUUUCUCCUCGGGCCCAUCCUUCCACUCCGCCCCGGCGCUCAAGACCUGGUAGGCGGAAGGCAGACAUCUACGCGUCUUCAAGACUGAUCAUCACUCUCCAUCGAUUUGUCGGUCAUCCCAUCGUCUAUGUUUUAACCGCCCUCUUGGGAUGUAUUAAUCGAGUCGUUGACGUGAGAAAGAGAAUAAAAUGGAACGAAACAAUGUAAA